AGUUAAUUACUCAGAUAGUGCACUUCGUUACAUGUUACUCUCAUUGCGUUGCGUUUGGCACGUCAUCCGUCUGAUUUAAAAGCUAAACUAAAGGGCAUCGCCUCCUCCAUAUCACUUUAUGAGAACCAUCAUUAAUCAACGUUAUCAGGGCUCAAAGUUCAUGGUCACUCAAUAAAUAACCUAUCAGGCUGGCUGUGGAGCAGUUCAGUCUACCCUCAUGAAUCUGACUGCAGAGAACCACUGUAUCCCUCUCAGUGAUGGGAACCGUAUUCCACUGCUGGGACUGGGCACCUAUGGGGACCCUCGAACGACGGCCAAAGGCACAGCACUCGAUUGUGUCAAGCUGGCCAUUGAUGUGGGUUACAGGCACUUUGACGGGGCACUGGUGUAUUACAAUGAGCACGAAGUGGGUCAAGCCAUUAGAGAGAAGAUUGCCGAUGGAACCGUGAGAAGAGAGGACAUUUUUUAUUGUGGAAAGCUCUGGAACACCUUCCAUCCACCAGAAUUGGUGAGACCGGCCUUGGAGAGGACACUGAAAACCUUAAAACUAGACUAUGUGGAUCUCUACAUCAUUGAGCUUCCUAUGGCCUUCAAGCCAGGAGAUGAGUUCUAUCCAAAAGACCAGGAUGGAAAAUACAUCUACCACCACACAGACCUCUGUGCAACAUGGGAGGCUUUGGAGGCUUGCAAAGACGCAGGCCUGGUGAAAUCUCUGGGAGUCUCCAACUUCAACCGCAGACAGCUGGAGCUACUCCUGAAUAAACCUGGCCUCAAACACAAACCUGUAUCCAACCAGGUUGAAUGCAAUCCAUAUUUCACACAACCCAAGCUUCUGGAGUUCUGUCGUCAGCAUGACAUUGUGAUUGUUGGCUACUGCCCAAUUGGCUCCUCCAGGGACGCGUCCUGGGUGAAUUUGAAAUGUCCUCCCAUGCUGGAGGACGAGGUGCUCGUAUCCAUUGGGAAGAGGUACAACAAGAGCAGUGCCCAGGUGGCCCUGCGCUUCAAUGUCCAGAGAGGAGUCGUGGUGAUUCCCAAGAGCUUCAGCCCCGAGAGGAUCAAACACAACUUCCAGAUAUUUGAUUUUUCGCUCACUGAGGAAGAAAUGCGAGCCAUUGAAGCGCUGAACAAAAAUAUUCGUUUUGUGGAGCUGCUGAUGUGGAGUGACCAUCCAGAGUACCCAUUCCAUGAUGAAUAUUAAUUUUAUAUAUAUAUAUAUAUAUAUAUAUAUAUAUAUAUAUAUAGUAUUUUUGUCAUUUGCAUCAUAUAUGUACAUGAACUCUGACUCCUUGUAGCAUUAUUGUUGCACCAAUUAAGUUUGCAUUGGUACAUUCCCACAAUAAACACUAGAGGGCUCCAGCUCACAGUGAAUGCACAGGAAAUGAAUCCUAUUAAGAUAACACAGCUCAGGUUUAUGAAGUUGAGUGAGCGUUCAUGAGAAACUUAAAUGAGAAACAUGUCAUAUUUAAAGAGUUCAGUGUUGUUUACUUCUGAUUUCACAUCAAUUUAUACAACUGUUGCUAUAGGAUAAAUAAAGUUUGGUUUGAAAUGAA